UUCUUUGACAGCUGCUUUGAGAGCAAACUGCAGAAAAAGAAACCGUGCAAAGCCGUGCUCGCAAUAAUUUUUUUUAAUUAUAAUUUAGCUCUUUAAAUCAAACAUCAAAGUAUUAUUAAUCACUAAACAUAAUUCAAUUAUAAUUUACACUAUUUAAAGUUAUUUCCGCAAGUAUUUAAUUGCCUGCGGAAGUUAUUUAUUACACUUAAAAAUCCAACAGAAAGUUUCAACAAAAAAAAAAAUAGAAAAAAAAGAAAAUGUCAGGCAUUGCUGUGGCUCGACUUGGUGAGGAAAGGAAAGCGUGGCGUAAGGAUCAUCCAUUCGGAUUUGUAGCCAGACCAACAAAGAAUCCCGAUGGAACACUGAAUUUAAUGAUUUGGGAAUGUGCUAUUCCCGGAAAGAAGGGGACUCCAUGGGAAGGAGGUUUAUACAAACUGCGAAUGAUUUUUAAAGACGAUUACCCAACAAGUCCACCAAAGUGUAAAUUUGAGCCGCCACUUUUCCAUCCAAAUGUGUAUCCAUCCGGUACAGUUUGCUUAUCACUGUUGGACGAAGAAAAAGAUUGGCGUCCAGCAAUUACCAUCAAACAAAUUCUUCUAGGAAUUCAAGACCUACUCAAUGAGCCCAAUAUUAAGGAUCCCGCGCAGGCUGAGGCUUAUACAAUUUAUUGUCAAAAUCGUUUGGAAUAUGAGAAACGUGUUCGAGCACAAGCUAGAGCUAUGGCUGCUACCGAAUAAACAAAACAAAAUUAUAUAUUUUAACAUUCAAAAAAAUACAUUUAAUUUUAGGAGUAAUGUCCUUUAAUGUCAAAGCACUACUCUUAAAGGAAAACAUAUUAAAUUUAUAUAAAUAAACAAAACAAAAAAAAAAUACUGAUACAAUAAACUUAA